AUGAGUUUAAAACGUAAACGGGUAGUGGUUAGUUUAGAAACAAAGUUAAGUGCAAUAAAACGUUUAGAUAAGGGUGAGUCGUUAAAGAAGGUUGCCGCUGACCUAGGUGUUGCAGAAGUGACUGUUGGAGAUUGGAGACGUAAGCGGAAAGAUAUUGAACAGUGGGUUAAUAAAAGUGUAAGUGAUGGAAGCGAUUUGUUGCGGAAAACUAUGAAGAAAUGGGAGUACGAACAGACUUCUGAAGAGUUGUUUUUGUGGUUUUCUAAUCUUCGAGGGUUGGGAAGUCCAAUAAGUGGUCCCAUGCUUCAAGCUAAAGCUGUUGAGUUUAACAAACGGUUUAAGGACGGUGAGGCUAAUUUUAGUGCAUGUGAUGGUUGGCUUGACAGGUGGAAGAAGAGCAACUCUUCUGGAUCCUUAAAAUUGAGACCUCUCCUUAUUGGAAAAUCAAAGAACCCAAGGGCUUUUAAAAAUAUCCAAGUUAACUGCCUACCCACCAUGUACAGCCAUCAACGAAGUGCAUGGAUGGAUGGCCAAACUUUUAAAGAGUGGUUUUUUCACGAGUUCGUUCGUGUUGUUGAGGCCUACUUGAAAAAGAAGAACCUACUAAGAAAAGCUAUUCUUCUUAUGGACAACGCGCCAUCUCAUCCAGAUGCAAGUGAAUUGGUUAGUGGUGACAUAAAAGCUGCUUUCUUGCCACCAAAUGUCACAUCUCUUAUUCAACCUCUGGACCAAGGCGUUUUAGAGGCUAUGAAACGGCACUAUCGACGAAGGCUUCUCCAAGUGUUAUUGACAUGGUUGGACGAGAGAAUUACGGUAACUGCAGCACUUAAAAAGAUCACCGUUAAGGACGUCUCAUACUGGAUAGCUUCAGCGUGGGAUGAUUUACCAACGGAACUGCUGAUAAAUGAUGAAGACGUCAACGAGUGGUUCAUGCAAGACCAGCAAAUGGAACUUACUGAUGAUGCGAUUGCCGAUAUGGUCACCAACCCUCACAACGUCGCAGAUUAUGACACCGACGAGAUAGUGGAAAAAAUAUCUCAUUCCGAUGGAUUGAAGGCGCUCGAAGCUGCUCUCGCCUACAUUGAGCAACAGGAGGAGUCAACCCCUGCCGAUGUCCUUCAUCUUCAGCGUUGGUGCAACAGCGCAGCGUCAAAACGACAACAGAAGUUGACGCAGAAAUCAAUAAGAGACUUUUUCAAAAAAUGA